CUGGAAUCAAUUGGCUUCGAUACACAACUUAUUAAAUCAUCAACAACUUAAAAUAAAUUUCACGCCAGGAAAAGAAACAAACUCUAGCGAUGGUCCAAGUAAUUAAAAAAGAGGAAAACGUUCCCAUCCUCAACUACAAACUGAAACUCAUAUAUUUCGUCAUUAUCGUAACUGCGAUGGUAGUCAUUUACAUGCUCACGUUUGGAGAACGAGGAACAUCAUACCAAGAAGGUCAAAUCCACACAGAUAACAGAAUGAACUCUAAAUCUGUAGAAGUGGAGACAUUUUCAGAGGUGACCGAGGAGGGGACUGAACAAUCAGAUUUAGACAUGACUGCUUCACUUGGCUCAAUAUUUCCCACUUCUUCAGCGAAUGUAUACAGUACAAAUUCGUUGCCCCAGCAAAUUGACGGCGGUCAGCAACCUGUAAUACAAGAUCCACAACUAAGUCAAGUUCAACAACCUGAGCAAAGUGUAAUCCAGCAACCGGAUCAAACUUUAGUACAACAACCCGUACAGCCUCAACAGAGUGACAUUCCACAGCCUGUUCCUCAACAACCUCUGGAGAAUCAACCACAACCAGUAAUCCCACAAGUCCCCCAAACUCCGCUUCAACCAGUAGGACAGUGUCCAGCUCUUGACAUGGGUGGAAUACACGACAGGAUUACAAAGAGUUGCGAGGUGGACCGGUUUAAGAACAACUGGGUUGAACUGGUGGCUAUGUACGAUAUCGCUCCUCAUCACCUUCUUUACGAUGUGGAUAGGAACUACGUCUGGGUGACGGUCCCCAAAAUAGCGAGCUCCAACAUAAAACGGGUAAUCAUCAAAGAGAAGUUUGGCUACGAAGAGGGAAGCGAAGAAAUGGAACACGCACUAUUCGCACCCCACGUAACCCUAGCCAAGUGCUGCCUCCUUACUGCUGAAGUAGCUAGAGAAUUUUAUUCCUUACAACGAGCCUUCACUUUCGCUUUCAUCAGGAACCCCUGGACACGACUUUACUCCGCGUACAAAGACAAAAUAGUUAAAUUCAAAGGGUUCGACGACUACUACUACAUCAAGAAGAUCCUGUUCACAGUGCGAGACUGGACCUGGGAAGAAGUAAAGAAUGAACCAGCUGUUAGGGAGGCAGCCGGAACAAUUACCUUCACUGAUUUUCUUACAAUGUUAGCCACGACUGACGCCGAGAACUUUAACGACCAUUGGAAACCCUGGUUCUUGUUGACCCAGCCCUGCAUGAUAAAAUAUGAUUAUAUCGGGUACCUGGAGGACAUUGGCACUGCGUAUCAGGUUGUUAAAAAUAAAGUGUUCAGUGAUCUGGAUAUUGAUCUGGGAGAGAGAUAUGCAGGAUCCUCAGGGAGUGCCGGUACUAUUGAGGCGUAUAAAGUCGUGCCUAAACACGUGCUAGAUGCUAUCGUGGCCAAGUUUGAGGAUGACUUUAAUAUUGGAGGUUACAGUACGGAUAUAAACUGUAUUGACCAACUACAUGGAUAGAUGGGAUACAAAAAUACUGAAUUCACUAAUCAUUCAUUUUAUGUAUGUAUUUAUAAACGAUAAAUUGGCAGCAA